ACACCUGAGAGGGCUAGCAGCAGAUCUACCACCCCAGCUCAUCUUGCACCAUGGACUUCAUCUUCCAGUUGCUCUUCUCGCCUCUCCCGACCCCAGUGGUUUUCUCAUUGAUUGCUGUCGGUGUUGCCACCCUUUAUUAUCUUAAUGCACGACCCAAUCCGCUCCGCAGCCCAGCUGACCUCAACAACCAGACGCUUGGAGUUAAGGAUGGAGCAAGAAAAAGUGCCUUGUUGGAAGACAACAACAACCUGAUGUCAUAUCACUACAAUGAUGCAAAGACCCUUUAUGAGGUUUUUCACAGGGGUCUGAGGGUCUCAGGUAAUGGAGCAUGUUUGGGCUACAGAAAGCCUGGAAGGCCUUACCAGUGGCUGAAGUACAAACAGGUAUCUGACAGGGCACAGCAUCUGGGGUCAGGACUUCUUCACAAAGGUUUAAAGCCCAACUCUGAGACAUUCAUUGGCAUCUUUGCUCAGAACAGACCUGAGUGGAUUAUUGGUGAGCUGGCAUGUUACACCUACUCCAUGGUAGCAGUCCCCCUGUACGACACUCUGGGUCCUGAGGCUCUGGUCUUUAUUAUCAACCAAGCUGAGAUCUCUACAGUGCUCUGUGACAACCAGAAGAAAGCAGAAGCCCUGCUGCUGAACCAUGAAAAAGGCCAAACCUCAGUUCUCAAAAUGGUUGUGCUCAUGGACUCUUUCAGCCCUGAGCUGAUUGAGCGAGGAAAGAAGUGUGGGGUGGACAUUGUGUCUAUGGAGGAAUUGGAGGGACUGGGAAAAGGUAAUCUUCAAAAGCCACUUCCCCCAAAGCCAGAGGACCUCUGUAUCGUUUGCUUCACCAGUGGGACGACAGGAAACCCAAAGGGUGCGAUGUUGACGCAUGAAAAUGUUGUUGCUGAUGCUGCAGCUGUCCUCAGAACCUUCGAGACAUCCUUAGUUCCAUCUCCUGAGGAUAUCAGCAUUUCUUUUCUGCCUUUAGCACACAUGUUUGAGAGGAUUGUACAGACAGUGGUUUAUGGUGCUGGGGCCAAGGUGGGGUUCUUCCAGGGGGACAUUCGGCUGCUGCCAGAUGACAUGAAAACUCUACAGCCCACAGUUUUCCCAGUGGUGCCUCGACUCCUUAAUCGAAUCUAUGACAAAGUUCAAAGUGGAGCCACAACUCCCUUUAAAAAAUGGCUGCUUAACUUUGCUGCUGAGAUGAAAUAUGCUGAGGUGAAGGACGGCAUCAUCAGGAAAAACAGUAUAUGGGAUAAGCUAAUUUUCAACAAAGUCCAGGAGUCUCUGGGGGGCCGUGUCCGGAUCAUGGUGACCGGAGCUGCACCCAUAUCACCAUCUGUUCUUAGCUUCCUCAGGGCCGUUCUGGGCUGCCAGAUCUUUGAAGGAUACGGUCAGACAGAGUGUGCAGCAGCCUGCACUUUCACCUUACCCGGAGAUGCAACCUCUGGUCAUGUUGGUGUGCCCCUGCCUUGUAAUUUGGUGAAGUUGGUUGAUGUGGAGGAAAUGAACUACUUUGCUUCAAAUGGGGAAGGAGAGGUGUGCAUUAAGGGCACAAAUGUAUUCAAGGGCUACUUGAAGGACCCGGAAAAGACUGCAGAGGCCUUGGAUAAGAAUGGUUGGCUCCAUACUGGUGAUAUCGGCAAAUGGCUUCCGAGCGGUGUCUUGAAGAUUAUUGACCGAAAGAAGAACAUCUUCAAGCUGGCUCAGGGGGAGUACAUUGCCCCAGAGAAGAUCGAGAAUGUUUAUGUCCGCAGUGGACUUGUGGCUCAGGUGUUUGUGCAUGGUGACAGUUUGCAGUCCUGCCUGAUUGCUAUUGUGGUCCCUGACGCUGACACCAUGCCAGGUAUUGCAAAAUCUCUCGGCAUCCAGGGCUCCAUUGAAGAACUCUGCAAGAACACAGAUAUUAAAAAGGCCAUAAUUGCAGAUAUGACCAAACUGGGAAGAGAAGCUGGUCUAAAGUCUUUUGAGCAGGUGAAAGAUGUACAUCUUCACCCAGAGCUCUUCACUAUCGAGAAUGGCCUGUUGACUCCCACCCUGAAAGCAAAGAGGCUUGAGCUGAAAGCUCUCUUCCAGCCACAAAUCGACAAACUUUAUGCCAACAUACAAUAA